AUUUAGAACAUAGAUGGAGGAGGUUGAUCAAGAUAGAUUAUCGAGUCUACCAAAAAUAAUUCUCCAUUGCAUUCUGUCAAAGUUGCCAGAGAAAGAUGCUGCUACAACGAGUGUUUUGUCCAAGGCUUGGUUAGACACAUGGUAUACUUUUCCUAAUUUGUGUUUCUCUACAAGUAGAUUCAUAAAAAUGUCUCCGGUACAAGGAAUGGAAGAUAGUGAAAAGAUGAGAAAGAUGAUGUUAGGAUUUUGUGAUUAUGUGAAAAGGAGUAUCCUAAGGUUUCAUGACCAAAGCUUGGUUAUCAAAGAAUUUAAGCUCCAGGUGGAUUAUUUUGGACUUGACUACAUUUCAAAAGAAGAUGUUGCUAUUUGGAUUAAAUUGGCUUGUGAAUGUGGUGUUGAGAGUUUGAUAUUAUACAAUUGCAAAAUGAUCGAGAGGAUUGAUAUUUCAAGUGUUCGACUUAAAGUGUUGAUGUUAUCAAAUUGUUAUAACUUGAAGGAGGUUAAUAUUGAUGCUCCAAAUCUUUUUUUUUUUGGUCAGGGUGAUGCUCCAAAUCUAUUGACAUGUAGAUAUAAAGGUGCUAGUGUUUCAGAACCUACCAUAUCUUUUUUGAGAAAUUCUAGUCGACUAAGAGUCAUUAUUCGGAUAAACGUUGAUUAUAGGGAUCUUUGUAACUUGGGGAAAUUCAUGCAAAACAUCAAACCUAACAAUGUUUUGACAUCACUAUAUCUGUCUAUCAGUAUUUCGUCAAAUAUGGGUGGUGCAUUGGACCCGGUUGCCUUAUACAUUUCAUCCCCUCCACCAAGUAUCAAACAAUUGAAUAUACUCAAUGUUCCUACAAAUAAAUAUUUGUUCCCAUCUGUUGUAAACAUCUUACAUUCAAGCUGUUGUCCAACAACUAUUACUUUGAGAGUCAUCAAUCCGGCCGACAAAGAAUUCAUUGAGUUUUUCUAUGAGAUGUUAAUGAGAAUAAAAGAGGACAAAUGCUGUUGCAGAUUUUAUGAUACUAAGUGUUGCUGGCAACACUUGAAGGAUGUGAAAUUCGCAAGAAGGUUUAUGAAGAUGGAUAAAAAUGUUGAUUUUAAGACCAUUUUAAAAUCGUUGACCACUUAUGAAAGUAUUAUCUUUUGGCUAGAAUUUUAAUGUUAUUGUUGUCAAUUGAUAAACAUGCUUACUUAGAAGUUUCUGAAAUUUCUGCAACAUAUUAAUAUUCCACUCAUGCAUAGGAAUAAUGGCAUGAAAUUUCUGCACAAUUUGCAGAGGCAUCAUAUUAAAAUUCCACUCACCAUUAGCUGUAAAUAAAUGCUAGA